UUUAACAAAAUGCACACAGUUUAAUUAGUGCAUUGAUGGUGUGAAGUUCUUUAAGUUCAACAAUUAAAAUUGGUUCCGCAAUAUCAAAUCGUUAAAAGUCAUGUCCCGUAAUGUAACUGUAGAUACGACCGUUAUGAAAUUAGAUAAUGCGCAAUUCGAACCCAUUCUUACAAAAGAAGUGAUCCAAUUAAGAGGAAUAUUUCGCAAAUAUAAGCACGAAUUGCGUAUAGUUGGUGGAGCGGUACGAGAUUUAUUGAGGGAAGUUGAGCCGCGGGAUAUAGAUUUUGCCACUACCGCGAACGUUUAUGAAAUGAAAAACAUUUUUUAUAAAGAGAACAUAUAUAUGAUAAACCUAAAAGGAGAAAAGCAUGGCACCGUAACCGUCCAUAUAAACAAUAAAAAUUUCGAAAUAACUACAUUGCGCAUUCAAAAAAGAUUAGAGGACGCGACAGAUCCUUCCAUGUGGCAGACAGAUGCUAGCAAAAGAGACUUAACUGUGAACGCAAUGUUCCUAGAUUUCAAUGGAUCGCUUUAUGAUUUCUUUAAUGGCUAUAAUGAUUUAUUGCAAAAACGCGUCGUAUUCGUCGACGAUGCUUUCUCGCGCAUCACGGAGGACUAUUUGAGAAUUUUGCGAUAUUUCCGUUUUUACGGUAGUCUAGCUGAAGAGCCUUUCCAGUAUGAUGAAUCAACUAUAAAAAUCAUUAAAGCUUAUGCUGCCGGUUUGUCUGUGAUAAGUGGUGAACGGAUAUGGUCGGAAUUGAAAAAAAUUUUAUCGAGUACUUAUGCUAAAGAAUUGAUGCUCGAAAUGAUCGAAUGUGAUAUACCUCAAUAUUGUGGUCUAAUUGAAAAACCUAAUGUAAAUGAAUUUAAGCGUGCUUGCUCGGCCGUAAAAGGCAAAUCAAAUCUUAAUCCGAUAUCACUAGCGGUCGCCCUGCUAAAUAACGUAAUGCAAGCAAUUAAAAUGCAUGAGAGAUUAAAGCUAACAGCCUUCGAACGUGAUUUGUCUUUUUUCAUUAUACAAGAACGAGAUAAGGUGGAUAAAACCUACAUCGGAUUGAACGAUUAUCAGGAAAUAUAUUUGAAACGACAUGUCAAACGGGAGUUUAUUGAAGAAUUACUAAAGUAUAGUAAUAAGGAAAAUUUAUAUUUUGCCUUCAAAGAUUGGGAUGGAAAACUUAAUGCGCCAGAAGAAUAAUGUAUCUAUUAGAAAUGCUUACGCUAAAUAAAACCUUCCUAACCUAAAUACUUAACCCUUCUUCAAAAGUCAUUUAUAUAAAUAAGAAAAUUUAAUUUAUUAAUACUAUUGUUGUAAAACACUCUUUUAAAAUAGGUAUACUUUGCGUUACACUUACAAAUGAAACACAUGUAGAGAGCAGAAAAUAUAUCUUUUGAAAUAUCUUAUAGCAAAUACCAUACUAACUAUAUGUGAAUGGAUAUAUUGCAAAUCAAAUGAAAAAAUUGCUACUGCUAUGAGAAGAAUUAAUUUGAAAAAAAAAUUAAAAUAGAAUUACUAAAGAUGCAACUAUAAAUGUAUUUUUAUAUCAUAAACCUCUACUCCUACCUCUUCCGUUGCUACAUUCUA